AUGUCGAUUGGUGCAUCUCUUGCUGGGUUUCACACAUCAAUAAGGCCUGUGGUUGCAGUUGAUGGGACAUUUUUGAAAGCAAAGUACUUAGGGACUUUAUUUAUUGCAGCAUGUAAAGAUGGCAACAAUCAGAUAUACCCUUUAGCCUUUGGGAUUGGUGAUUCAGAAAAUGAUGCCUCAUGGGAGUGGUUUUUACAAAAACUACAUGAUGCACUUGGACACAUUGAUGAUUUGUUUGUGAUAUCAGAUCGACAUGGUAGCAUUGAGAAAGCAGUACAUAAAGUAUUUCCCUAUGCGAGGCAUGGUGUCUGCACUUAUCACGUUGGACAAAAUUUGAAGACAAAGUUCAAGAAUCCUGCAAUUCAUAAGUUGUUCCAUGAUGCUGCCCAUGCUUAUCGUAUUUCAGAGUUUAAUUUUAUAUUUGGGCAACUAGAGAUGAUUGACCCAAGAGCAGCAAGAUAUUUGAUGGAUAUAGGUGUUGAUCGAUGGGCUCGUUCAUAUUCUAUCGGAAAAAGAUAUAAUAUCAUGACGACAGGGAUCGUUGAAAGCCUUAAUGCUGUGUUGAAAAAUGCUAGAGAUCUUCCGGUUUUGCAAUUGGUUGAAGAAUUGAGAAACUUACUUCAAAAAUGGUUUGUGACUUGUCAACAACAAGCAAUGUCAAUGUCAACUGAACUUACCAUGUGGGCUGAUGGAGAACUUCGUUCUAGGUAUAAUAUGUCAGCAACAUAUCUAGUGGAACCUAUCAACUCCAAGGAGUGUAAUGUUAACUAUGCUGGCAUUAGUGCUCAAGUGAAUUUAGACACUCGUUCAUGCACAUGUCGACAAUUUGAUCUUGAUCAUAUUCCAUGUACACAUGCUAUUGUUGCUUGUAGAUUUUACAACAUUUCAUGUUACACUUUGUGCUCCAAGUAUUUUACUACUAAAGCAUUGUUAUCUUCAUAUUCAGAGUGUAUUUAUCCAACUGGAAAUGAAAUAGAUUGGGUAGUACCUAAUCAUAUUCGUGACAAAGUUGUGUUACCACCUAAAACGAGACGCCCAACAGGAAGACCAAGGAAAGUAAGAAUUCCUUCUGGUGGAGAGGGCAAGCGUACAUCUCGUUGUAGUCGAUGUGGUCAAUAUGGGCAUAAUCGGAAAACAUGCAAACGACCAAUCCCUUGA